CAACGGUAUUCGUAGUAAAUCACAUUGCUUUGCUAUCGAACAAUAUCUCCAAACGCGGAGGCGAGCCGCUAUGUUUGAUAACAUCCACUAAUUUUUAUUUUCGAUGGAGGAAACAAGCGAUAGUAGAAGUUAUGAUGAACAUUUAUACUAUAAACAUUUCUGGCUAAGAUAUCAAAUAAAUAUUCGGAAAAUGUGCGCUUAAAAAUGACUUGACAAAGCUCAAAGCAGUGUUUGGAUUUUGUGUGCCGAUGGUAACGAUGGCAAAUUCUCCGACGAGCAUAGAAACUCAAAUAGACAGUUUUUUAGAGCAAUUUAAAAGAAGUGCUUCUAAAGCUAUGGAAGAACGUAUGGAUUGGCCAGAUGGAACGUCUCCAGGAGUUGUCGUCAAGUCCCGCAGUAGUUGCUUCGCUAUAGAAACAGCCGCAGAAGCGGAGUGUGAUGGGUGCGGCAGCGAAGGCGACGAAGCUCGCAAUGUGGGAGAGCUUUUACUGCCACAAUACGCGCUGGCCACCGGAGGACUGGCCAAAGACCACCGUCCCCUCAUCACCUUCCCGGACAACAAUAACUUUCAUCUCAUCACCGCCUCCGAGUACCGAAGACUGUUGCUCUACCUCACCUCUGUGCCUUCGAUACUAGAAGCAGAUAUGGGCUUCCACAUUAUAGUGGACAGAAGAAAGGACAGAUGGAAUUCUGUAAAAACAGUAUUACUUAGGAUCUCAGAAUUCUUCCCUGGUAUAAUCCACGCGGUUUACGUUCUUCGCCCGUCAAGUUUCCUGCAGAAAGCGCUGUCCGAGGUCAGCAGCAAACUGUUUAAGGAGGAAUUCAGGUUCAAAGUGCUAGUGUGCUCCACGGUCGAUGAACUCUACGAGCACUUCGAAAGGUCUCAGCUGACUCCUGACCUUGGCGGGGAGUUACAAUAUUCACAUUCUGAAUGGAUACAGCAGCGAAUAGCUUUAGAGAAAUUUUCGACGCUUAUGAAAGAGACAUCGACGAAGCUGGACGAUUUCAUGCACGAGAUAGUCGACUGCGAUAUGGGAAACGAUCCCACACAAACCAAAGAAUUAUUAGACUGUCAGGGAACUAGGUAUAAAGCUUUAAAAUCUGAAUUAUCAAUAGCAACAACACAAGGGGAAGAUUUAUUAACACAAGUGCGGAAGCCGAAUCUUACGUACAACAUUAUAAGUCAUGUAGCUGCCGUCGAAAGGUUACUAGUACAACUGGAAGAGACAGAGAAGCAGUUUGAUAAUUUCUGGCAGAAGCAUUCCACAAAACUCAAUCACUGGUUGAAGUUUAGAACGUUUUUAUUGAAUUUCAAACAGAUGCAGGCAACUUUAGAUCAUCAUCUAAAAGCAGCGUGUGACAUGACCGAAGUGGGAGAAACAGCCAGUAGAGUGGAAAGUCUCAUUCAGGAAGCGCACAACUUUGAGAAAUUAUGCAACUGUGAUCUUGAUACUGCAUCUUCAGUGAUCGAUGAUGGUGAUAAACUAAUGCAAGAUCCGCUAAGUUCUGUCGAUCAUAUAGAAUCAAAAUGCGAAGAACUAAGACGUACAAGCGCCCUGCUUAUCGACAAGAUACAAAAACGAAAUUUACUACUCACGAAAGCUAGAGAACUAAUGGAUAGGAUAGAUAAGGCGAACGAAUGGUGUGCAACUGGAGUAGAGCUGUUAGCCGGAGAAGGAGGUCUGCUCGCUGUAGACAAGCUGCUGGAAGACGCUCAGUCCUUCGGGCUGACAGCACCAGAACAGUUCCGAGACAUGCUUAUGCAGUCCGCCACCCAGGAAACAAGAGCUUUGGUCACUCAAGUAGCACAAAGAGUUGAGGACGUAUGGUUGAUGGUGUCAGUGAAACGAGCUUCACUGCAACGCGCGGCCGCCAGACCGGCUCGCCCCGUGCAGUCCGUGCCCCCGCAGAGCGCUGCCCUACCAACUCCGGCUAAUCAACAGAUGGAAACAUCUGGCGGUUCGGAGAGUUCCGGCGGUGACGACUCGGAUGUUAGACGGUCUCGUCGCGGACACGUUCUAGCUGAACUAAUGCAGACCGAGAAAGUAUACGUGCAAGAACUCGGAUCUAUACUCUCUGGGUAUAAAGAAGAAAUCGAGAAGCCAGAGAACCAGCAUCUCCUGCCGCCGACGCUGGUCGGACAGGCGGAUGUGUUGUUCGGUAAUCUGCACGAACUCUUCACAUUCCACCAGGAUGUCUUCCUCAAGGACCUGGAGCGAUGCAUUUCCGCCACAGAACUCGUCGCUUUGUGUUUUGUUGAGAAGAGGGAGACCUUCUUCAGACUGUACAGCUACUACUGUCAGAACAUCCCUAGAUCGGAGAGGUUGCGGGAGACGUUAGUGGAUACGCAUCUGUUCCUCCAGGCGUGUCAGCUGCGGCUCGGACACAAGCUGCCGCUGGCUGCGUACCUCCUGAAGCCGGUGCAGAGGAUCACUAAAUACCAGCUGCUGCUAAAGGAUUUACUCCGGUACAGCGAGUGUGGAUCAAUGACGACUGGCCUCCAGCAGGCCUUGGACUGCAUGCUCGUCGUAUUGAAAUGCGUGAAUGACUCCAUGCACCAGAUAGCCAUAACCGGAGUCCCUGUGGACUUGAGUCAACAGGGCGAACUCCUGAUGCAGGGUUCGUUCCUCGUGGUAUCGGAGAACAAGCGCGACCUCCGCCUCAGGAUACGGCCCCGGCGACGUCACAUCUUCCUCUACGAGAAGGCCAUGCUGUUCUGCAAGCCUGCCACAAAGAACAGCCAUAAUAAAGCCACUUACCACUUCAAACACGAUCUGCUGAUGUCACAAAUAGGGCUUACGGAAUCCGUUAAGGGCGACCUCCGCAAGUUCGAGGUGUGGCGCCAGGGCAGGUGUGAGGUGCACACGAUCACGGCGCCCACGGUCGAGGUGAAGCGCGCCUGGGUCGAGCGGAUCAAACGGGUGCUGCUCGACCAGCUGAAGGAACUCAAGGGCGAGCGAGUUCGACAGUACGGACUGCAGCAUCACAGAACACUAAUCCAGACGAGCUCGUGGGAGGUGUCGGGCGCGCAGCCCCGCCCCCAACCCCCCGCCGCGCCCCGCACCGGCUCGUGCGACGCGCACGACGAGCCCUGCUGGUCCACGGACCCCUCCGACGACGACGACGACGACGUCGAACACGCACCGGCGGUGGGAUGUGGACUGGUGGCGCUGUCCGACUACACAGCCGUGGGACCGAGCGAAGUGUCGCUGCGAGAGGGACAACACGCUGAACUACUCAAAGUCGGCUGUGCCGGCUGGUGGUACGUGCGGCUUGCAGGCGGACAAGGCGAAGGCUGGGCUCCGGCAGCCUACCUCGACCAGCGCAAGACGUCGCGCUCCUCCAGCAGGUCGCACGACCGCCUUCAUGAGCAUUGAACCACCACACCUUGCGUUACCGACUACACUACCUGUCCUUGUUACUCUAUAAUAAGUACCAAAAAUGUCACUGUCAAAAAAGACUAACCUAGGUAUUUAAUUGGUUUAUAGCUGCUAACUAUAUGAUAUUGGUAUUCAUCUCUGCUUUCAGUAUUACUUGAGAUCUAAAAUGUAAUUCACCACCAUUUAGUAUGAAACUUAUUUAGCAAUAUCCAAUGUCUAGCGUUAAUUUUGUAGGACAGUAGACGGUGUUGCCAGGAUUUUUCGGUGAGAUCAAGUUUUGCUCAAGCUUGUUCAUCUCGAGCGACUACUUCUCAGUAGUGGCGGGAGAUUAGUUACUCCCUAGAAUUUCCUGGUUAUGCCCGAAUCACAAUGAGACUUGUUUUCCCGACGUAGUCCCAUCCCACUUGUUAAUGUUUAUCGUCAAGCAAUUUGUUAAUGUGUGUAAAUGUUGUUCUAAAAAAGCUUUAUUGUAAACUAGUGUUUUAGCCCCUUUAGCCAUAGUCGUUACGAUUAUCCAAAGUUGUGUUUUAAUGGCGUCGCGUAGGACCGUGGGACCGGAUCGGUCUCGUCAUUUUUGUAUAUAUCAAAUCGACAUUAAAAUUAAUUUUAGUUAUUUAUUUUGAUGGCUUUCGGUGUUGUUUCGUGUAACGUCUCGAUACUCCAUGACAGAUUAUGUGAACGAGAAUCGAUUUCAAACAUUUAUAAUUAAUUAUUAACGUCCCGUGUGAUAUUUUCGUGAGAAUAUCUAUAAUGUUAUUGAAUAUAAAACGUUUUCAAUACAUCAAUCCAUUUUAUAAUUGUGUUUUUUACGUCCAUGAAGUUUUUUUUUUUAAUUCAUAGUAGUAAGUAGUACGAGACAUUGAGUUUGUAUGGUGCCUCGAUAAUUGUCUUUUAAUAUUGUAGCAAAGCCUGUGGUAGCAAGUAAUCAUUUAAUCAUUUCAUAUCAUACGUUUUUGUCAAUAUUGCUUUAUUAAUCGUUAAAAUUGUUCGUUUAUUGUUUAAAAAUUAAAAAGCUAUAAGCAUGAUUUUUACUUUCGAAUAACAAUAUCUUAUCUGUGAUGCAUUUGUACGUACGAUGUCUGAUGUAAUUGACCUUGAAUUCUCAUAUCUCAUUAUUAAUUAUUAUUUAAAUCCACGAUUGUGCAUGACUUUAGCUAUAUCUAUGUUCAUACACGUAGUGACAUGUUUGUUUAUCAGAAAUUAGUUUUAAAAUGUGUAGAUUGAAACAACAUAAAAUACACAGAAUUUGUUCAA